AUGGGCGUGCUGGCGAAGCUGCUGUACGUACUCGUGGAGGACGACGACGGGGAGCAGCAGCGCGCGGGGAGUAGUAGUAAACUCGCAGCCGAGGCAGGCGGAAAGGGCGCGCGUGCGGCGGUGCGCUACACCAAGUCGGUGCUGUCCAGCACGCUGCAGCUCAUGGGGUGCAAGUCCCGCCACGCCGUCAAGAUCAGCGAGCGCGUCUUCCAGAUGCUGCUGCAGCAAGUCACCAGCCGGCGAGUUUCCGGCCAUCGGACGGACGUGGCGCACCGAUCACGGAUGGCAAACGGAUUCGACGGUACCCAGCGAUUGGCCAGGCCAAACCGAGAGGAUUCCGGCGCUGUUCUGGCCACCAGCGCCAGCCAUGAUAAUCACAGUUGCCGUGACAAUAACGGCCGUGACAAUAACGAGCGGACAGAAAACAGGGCAGCAGCAGGGGGGUCGAGUGCGGGCGGGGGGGACACAGUGAGGGGUGUGAGCGUGUCUUUGAAGCGCAGCACGUUUCUGGACGUGGUGUGCCGGGCGCUGGCGGAGUAUCGCUACCUCAGCGCCGACCAGCGCAGCGACCUCGCCCUCGCCUGCAACGGCUGUGGCAAGUCCACCCUCGCCUCCCUCCUGGUAUGCUGCACACCUGCCUUCUCUGCUCUGCCUUCUCCUUCCCUCCUCCCCUCCUUCCCUCCUUCCCUUCCUCCCUCUUCACUCCCCCUCUUUCCCUCCCUCUCUGCCUCCCCCUCCCCACCCCCCAUUCUUCCUUCUCGCGUGACUGCCAUUCAUCCUUCUUCGCCUAUGCCUCUCGGGUCCACCACCUCCCUCACAUGCUCCCUCCCUCACAUGCUCCCUCCCUCACAUGCUCCCUCCCUCACAUGCGCCCUCCCUCACAUGCUCCCUCCCUCACAUGCUCCCUCCCUCACAUGCUCCCUCCCUCACAUGCUCCCUCCCUCACAUGCCGCACGCACCAUGGGCGGCGGCAGCAGCGGGGAAGGCACCUCGCUCACAUGCUCCCUCCCUCACAUGCUCCCUCCCUCACAUGCUCCCUCCCUCACAUGCUCCCUCCCUCACAUGCUCCCUCCCUCACAUGCCGCACGCACCAUGGGCGGCGGCAGCAGCGGGGAAGGUGCAUCACGGGUGGGCAUCACGGCGGCGUCGACCCACUCCGCGUCGCGGCUGGGCAUCACAAGAGUGGUGUCGACGGACUCGCUGCGCCACAUGAUGCGCGGCUUCAGCAGCCGCGAGGCCAACCCGCUGCUGUAUGCCUCCACGUACCAGGCAGGCGAACACCUCGACCCCGCUGCUGUUGCUGAUGCCAAGGCCAGGAAGAAGGCGGAGAAGCUGGGAGGGAAGCACGGCGGCGCACAGGCGGACACACAGGCUGCCGCAGCACAGCGAGACUGGGAAGGAGGCCGGGAGAGGAGGCUGGCAGCUGGGGAGGUUGGGGGGCAGGUGCGGCUGAGAGAGAUGCAGGGCGCUGUGGAUCUGAGAGAGAUGCAGGGCGCUGUGGAUCUGGGCGCUGGUGAGAGCAGAGGCGCGGUAGGAUUGGGGGGUCGGGUGGGGGGAGGGCAAAUAGGCGGAGAAGGGAACAACGGGGGAGAAGCUGCAGUGACAGGGGGAGGUGGGGGUGGGAGGGAUGAGAGGGAGAUGGGAGAGGCGGUUUGGGAUGGUCGGCCAAGCGUGACAGGUUUGGACAGGGAGAGGAGUGGGGAAGGAGGCAGUGGAGGGAAAGGGAGAGAUUUGGGGAGUGGGAUGGAUGCUGUGAAUGGGAAGGAGCCAAUGAGUGAGAAGGAAGUAGUGAGUGAGAUGGAGGCAGUAAGUGAGAGGGAGGGGGUGAGUGAGAGGGAGAUGGUGAUUCAGGGGUACAAGGCGCAGAGUGAGAUGGUGAUAGGCAGUGUGGAGCAGCUGCUGUGCAAGUGGGAGCGCUGCCAUGAGUCCGCCAUCGUGGAGGGCGUUCACCUCAGCCUCAACUUUGUGAUGGAGCUGUUGAAACGGCACCCCACGAUCAUCCCGUUUGUCAUCUACAUCGGCAACGAGGCGAAGCACAUGGAGCGGUUUGCGGUGCGCGCCAAGUACAUGACGCUGGACCCGCGGCGCAACAAGUAUGUGCGCUACAUGCGCAACAUCCGCGCCAUCCAGGACUACCUCGUGCGCCGCGCCGACAAGCAUCUGAUCCCUAAGGUGAACAACACGAACAUGGACAAGAGCGUGGCGGCCAUCCACGCCACGGUGUUCACCUGCCUGCGCCACCGCGCAGCCGGGGAGAGCAUGUACAGCCGCGCCUCCAACACGCUGCCACUGCUGCACCACGAGUACGACACACAGUACACCGCAUCUGGACUCGGCUCCAAAGGCAUGCUCUACGUCAUACAGAGAGAAGGCAGUCUGAGGGAGGGCAGCCUCAGGGAGGGCAGUGUGCGCUCCUCUGCCUCUGACCUCCCGGAUCCGCUCUCUGGUCUGCCCACGCGGGCCGUCAGCCUCCCCACGUACGCCUUUGGUGCUGAUAGCAGCGUGUCGGGCGCUGCAGCAGCUGCAGGGGAGCCGUACCCGCCUGCUGCUGCCCACACUCGCCUCUCACCCCUCCCACCUGACUUCCCACCUGAUGGUUCUCCACAUGGUGACCCACCUGGCACGGAGGCGUCUCAAAGCCACGGCCCGCCCUCCCUGUCAACACUGGCCUCCCGGCCGCCGUGCUCCUUGCGAGUGUCAGAGGGCAGCACAGGCACCACCUCAUGGGGGCCCUCUCUACAAGCAGGCGCAGCUCAUGCGUGCGUGUAUCCAGAGGAGCUGUCAGACGGGUAUGCCUCGGGCUACAGUUCAGGGGUACCGCCCAGAGGGCCCAGAGACCGCUUCGCUUUCGCAGCGUCUUUUCCAGCAGGGGCGCAGGGUCUUCCCUGGCAGGCAGGGCACGGGCAGGUGCCACCUCCCCCAGCUGUCGCCAUCCCCCUGCUGAACCUCUCAGAGACCCCGUCGGCUACGGAAGGCUCGCUGGAGUCCCCCAGUGCGCUGCUGAGCUCUGGGGUGAGUGCGUGCUCCACGCCCAGGGUAGGUGCACCUGGUGCAGGCGCAUCUCUAGGGGCAUCUGGUGGGGGCGGUGGCAGCGUGCUGGCGCCCAUCCACGUGCGCUUCAGCGGCCGCACGGCCUUCCCCCGCAGUGCUGACGUGGGCAACAGCAGCGGGGGGGAGGGCCUGGCGGAGCGCGAGCGGGAGAGGCGGGCGAGAGGAGGUGCGGCAGCAGCAGCGGGAGGAGCGGUGGGAGAGGUGGGGGUGAUGGGGGGGAUGGGAAUGGGGCGGCUGGCGAAGGCGAUGGACGGGGUGAGGAUGAGCGGGGGAGGGCAGUUUGCAGCGCACAUGCCCAGCUUCUACGGCUCGCCUGCCAGCUGCACGCACGCCCUGCAGAAGAAGGAAGAGGUGCGCCCGCUGUGCCCUGUCUGGCUUCACUCUCUGCUCUCUGCAAUCUGUAUCAGAGCACGUAACGGCAUCAGGCAGUGCCAGCGUGUGUUUCACAUAGAUUCCUCUGCCCUCCCUCGCCGUGGCAAGCCACAGGUAUCAGAGCAUGUGGCGGCAUCAGAUAGUGAUGACGACGAGGAGCACAUGCGGGAUGCUGCUGACGUCAGCUCCAAUGCUGCCUUCUCCUCCGAAGGCUCCGAGCACGACGAGGAGGAGGGCUCAGUGGCGAGUGACGAGUCGUUCAGCCUGUCGGAGGGCGGCACGGACGACGACAUUGGCGAGGGCGACAGCGCACAGCCCCUCCCCCACCACCUCUCCCUCUCCGCUGCUGCCGUGCCACCGGGCGGCGAGCUCAACGUCUUCCUUGAUGCUGCCAGCCUGCCCCACGUGCUGCCCUCUGCCUCCUACUAUGGCACUCACGGCAACUAUGCCAACCACACCAGUCUCGACGCUCAAGGCAACUAUGGCACAGUACCCCGUGACAAUGAACCUAUGGGGCACCGUGCUCUUGGGGCUUGGGGGCAGCACUACACUGCCCUGCAAGAGGGGGCUGCUGGAUAUGCAGGCGGGGCAGCACCACCGGCAGCAGCAGCUGGUGCUUUUGCUGCCUGGUCGCAUUCCCUGCAGCACACAGCCGGCCGUCCUCACCCCCCACUCCAUCUGCACCGCGUUCCCUCGGCACCUGGUGCUACAGGUGCUGCAAGUGCUGCUUCCCGUGCCGGCCUGCCUCCCUGUCCCACAGGCCACUCCACAUCGUCUGCCCACUUCCCGCGCCGUGGGGCGGAUCCCUUGCCACCUGCUGCACGGGCCUUUCCUCCCACGCCAGGCGCUGACUCGGCUGCAGCCACGGCAGCAGCAGCCACCGAAGGGACUGUUGGGAUCGCUGCAGCUGCAGCCACGGCAGCAGCAGGGGCCUCCAGGGCGCAGGGGGGCCGCGAGUGGGGCAUAGGCAGGCGAGCAGGCGCAGGGGCGGGCGUGGUGCUGGGGAAGUCCAAGUCCAUGGGUGGGAUGAGGGAGAGAGAGGCCGGGGUGAGGGAGGUGGGGGAGAGGGAGGCCGGGCGCAUGCGUGUGAGGCCGUCGCGGCCCGGGGCUGCAAGGCGGUUCUCAGACACGGGUGCAGCUAGCAGAAGGGGAUGGGCGGCGCUGGAGACAACUCUGCAGGGCGGUGCGUUAGUGCUUCAAGAGAGGGAGAGCUUGCAGCCACGUGGGAUUGCAUUGCAGCAAGAAAGACACAUGGCACAGCAGCAGCAGCAGCAGCAGCAGCCGCUGCAAACUGGCAGGGAAUAG